AUGGGGGGAACGUUUUCGGAAAAGGCGCGCUUGUGCUGGCAGUUGUCCACGGAACGCGCGACAGUCAAAAAGUCCCUCAUCGUCGCGGCGGUCGUCGGCGUGGUCCUCAACCUGAUCAACCAGGGCCCCGUGAUAUUCUCCGGGAAGCACCCCACGUACUGGAAGCUCGGCCUGACGUUCGUCGUGCCGUUCCUGGUGGCCACCUACGGCGCGCUGAUGGCGAAGCUGGGCUUCCGACAGGAGAUGGCGGACAUGCGGGAGCAGGCGGCGGCGGCGCGGGCGGCGAUCGCGGAGUGCCGCUGCGGGGCGGCGGGGCCGCGCAAGGGCGGCGAGGGGCGAACGGCGCACGUGGCCGGGGGCGCGGACGGCAGCGAGUCGUCGCGGUCGAUCACGGUCGAGGUGUAG